AGUAAGUAAAGAGUUCCCCCCUCCCAAGCACAGGGUGAGCUUGCCUUGACAGGCAGUCACUCGUAGAAGCUGCUGCUACUCCCAGUGUGUAGGCUCUUACAAAUCAGGAAGGAGGGGAAAGUGAUAGAGAAACAACAAAACCAGACACCAAAAAACUCCUCUAAAACAGCUGAGGAUGAAAGAGAUCAGGAAGAAAGCAAGUUGAAGGCAGCAAGAGGAGGAGGAGAACGAUUUUCCUAGAAACCUGGAACAGCAAAUCUGACCUUCCUCGGGAGAACAUUAGGUUAACCACACAAGUGCUUCAGAGCGACAAUUGCAGCUGUGUCCGUGGGCUGCUGCUGAGAGCCAAGCAGAUGCCUGUGGAGCAGUAGUCUGCUAUGCACCGGUGGACCUGAAGCCAGGAGUCAGUCGACAGAUCCUGAUCUCAGGUGCAAUGGUGUCGAUACAGAAUAACUCCUAUCUGUCUAGGGCAAUGGAGAACUUCAUGGUUCUGCGUUCCUGGAACACGAGCGCCAACUCAUCCACUGCCGACUGCAGCGUGGAAGACAACACGUACAAGUGCAAAUUUGACGAGGAGUUCAAGUACAUUCUGCUGCCCGUCUCCUAUGGCAUCGUGUGUGUGGUGGGGCUGUGCCUCAACCUGCUGGCCCUCUAUGUCUUCCUCUUCAGGAUCAAGACCUGGAACGCCUCCACCACGUACAUGUUCAACCUGGCCGUGUCUGACACACUUUACGUUGUUUCCCUGCCUUUGCUGGUGUAUUAUUAUGCCAAGGGGGACAACUGGCCUUUCAGUGUGGGCUUAUGUAAAAUAGUCCGUUUCCUGUUCUACACCAAUCUCUACUGCAGCAUCCUCUUCCUGCUCUGCAUCAGUGUCCACCGUUUCCUGGGCAUCUGCUUCCCGCUGAAGUCGCUGCAGUGGGGCCGCGUCCGCUACGCGCGGAGGGUGUCGGGGGUGGUCUGGUUGGUCAUAAUCACGUGCCAGUCGCCGGUGCUCUUCUUUGUCACCACCAGCGUGAGGUGCGAGACCAUCACCUGCCACGACACGUCGAGCAAGGAGCUCUUUGGCCAGUUCGUCAUCUACAGCUCAGUGAUGCUGGUGCUGCUGUUCUGCAUCCCUUUCCUGGCCAUCAUUGUGUGCUACUGCCUGAUGGCUCGGAAGCUGCUGCAGCCCACCCGGGGCACCUCCAGGAGGUCUAAGUCCAAAAAGAAGUCAGUCAAGAUGAUCAUUGUUGUCCUGGUGGUCUUCAUCAUCUGCUUCCUUCCUUUCCACGUCACUCGCACUUUGUACUACUCCUUCCGGAGCUGGGACCUUAGCUGCGGGACCCUCAAUGCCAUUAACUUAGCCUACAAAGUAACCAGGCCCUUAGCUAGCACCAACAGCUGCCUGGAUCCCAUUUUGUACUUCUUGGUAGGCCAAAGGUUUGUGAAGUUCACGGGCAACAAAAUGCCAGUGAAAACUCCAAACCAAACAGCCCUGAGGGGAACUCCCACCAGCAACACGGGAACCAGCAGCAACUUAGAUAUGAUAGCCAAAAUGUGAAAUCCUAGCCUGCUACAUUUCUGUCCACUGUCCCGCCACAUUGCAGACUAUUCUAUCUCCGUGGUGGAACGAAUUCUCCACUGUGUGUAGGGGAGUCUGGCAUGCGACCAUUAUGCAUGAAUAACUCACUGGUGAGCGUGGUACAAGUCCCACUCUGUGCUGAGUUGCAGAGGAUCUGAGUUGUUGCAGCCCCCAGCUACAGAGGCAAGACUCUUUAGCUAAAGGUGCAGCAGCUCAUGCUUUUUGCUCUGAUGGUCCUACCUGUGGUGUGUCAGCCAAGGUGACGGCUGUCACCCAGUCAGUUGAUGCCCUAGGCUUCAGGUGUUGACACUUGAGCAGGAAUGGUUCAACAAGAUACACCUGUAUGUAUGUCACCAGUUUAAUGAGUUUUUGGAACUAAGGUGCUGCUGCAAGGAUAUAUUAUAAUCCCAUAUGCAUGUCCUCAUUCAGCUCUGCAACCAGAAUACUUCUCCUCCACCAAACCUGCUCCUCUCUCUGAUUCUGAAUGAUGUCUAUCUAGGAGUGAGCAAAGACUACCUGGUGUAUGGUGGUCAGGCCAAAGAAGUGACAAAGCAUGGUAAAAGAAUAAUAGCCAUGUGAAAAGUUCAUACUUUUUUUCUAAACCAGUGUUUCUCAAACUGGGGCCACUGCUUGUGUAGGGAAAGCUCCUGGCGGGCCGGGUCAGUUUGUUUACCUGCCCCAUCCGCAGGUCCGGCCGAUCGCGGGUCCCACUGACCAAAGUUCGCUGCUCCAGGCCAAUGGGAGAUGCUGGAAGCAGAGCGGGCCGAGGGACGUGCUGGCCAACCUUCAUGCAGCCCCCAUUGACCUGGAGUGGCAAACCGCGGCCAGUGGGAGCCACGAUCAGCCAGACCUGUGGACGGGGCAGGUAAACAAACCGGCCCAGCCUGCCAGGGGCUUUCCCUAUACAAGCGGCGGCCCCAGUUUUGAAAAACACUGUUGUAAACCAAUUUUUUUCAAAAAACCCCGCAAACCCGAACCUAGGUGUCGAUAUUAAUGAAAUGUUCUGCUUUUCACAACCUUUUUCUGCCAUAUUUUCUGUUGAUGUUUUUAUCAAAAAAUUAUUGCAAUUGGCAAGAAAACACCAUUUGCAGUGCAUGAAAAAGGUCGAUAAUUAUUUUGAUAAAAAUUUCAAUCCCAAUAUUGAUUUAGAAUAUCUCAGAAAAUGGAGCCCUGGGAAAUGGAAAAGACUUUUGAUGUUUUUCACAAAAUCAUUUCCCCGUUUUAAAUCCAGCUCCCAGAGCAUCUCGUGGGGAAGCUUUCAUCAUUCAUACUAAAGAUGUGAGACUUUUCGCCUCACUCCAAGUCGAGGGGGAUGACUCUGCAGAAAAAUAGUUACAAUCUGCAAAGUCUUCUAUUCUUGGGUGAAUAUUUAGCACAAGAAAGGAAAGUAAGUAAGUUAUAGGCAGAAAGGAAACAGAAAAGCUCUCCAGCAAGGGGUUCUACCCACGUUUAUGGGUUGCCUGACCUUGCCAAAGGCAAUAGCCCUCUUUUGUCUUCUGAGUGUUGGGUCGCGUAGCUUUUUGCCAGAGAGCACUGCUUGUUCACCAGGCACUGGAUACUGCUCCCCUACCCUGUCACACCCAAAUUCUAAAGCCUUUUCGAAAGCCAUAAGGCCUCCAAACUGUAGCUUUGACUAAUUGCCCAAUACUGACUUUAAUUUUGGGUGGGGUUUCUUUUUAUCCUUUCCCUAGUGAUUCAUCUUUCCUGAGAAAGUGAUAUACUUGGCUAGGUAAUCCGAGGCUGGAGUGUAAGGUCAUGUCUACACUGCCAUUUAUGUUGGCAAAUUUUUUGUCGCUCGGGGGUGUGAAAAAACCACACCCCCUGAGCGACAUAAAUUUCUCUGGCAUAAGUGGUAAUGUGCCCAGCGCCAUGUCAGAGGGAGAGCUUUUCCCGCUGACAUAGCUCCCACUGCUCGUUGGCAAUGGUUUAAUUAUGUGACAGGAGAGCUCUCUCCUGUCAGCUGUCAGCACAGAGUGGCUACAUGAGUGAUUUUACAGCAGUGCAGGUGUAUCAGUAUAGCUGUGCCACUGUAAGCUCACUAGUGUAGACAUGGCCUACGAAACUAGAUGUACAGCAACCGGGAAAUGUUUUUCUAGCAUGGCGGCGACAGCGCUCGGCAACUUUUAGCAAUUUGCCGGGAGCCGAAGAGCUGCAGCUAAUUGAAAAAAGGGCCCAAUUCUGCCACUUUUACUCAGUACUGAGCCUGACUCAACCAUGGGCCAGAUCCUCAGCUGGUAUAAAUCAGCAUGGCGUCAUUAAAGCCAAUCGUCCUCACUAGAAAACUAGGCAGUGUUAGAACACGACCGAGAGGAGUCAGGUUAAGUAACAUGACGUUAAACCCUACUUUGUAGUCAGUGGGCUUGUCUUCACUGCCAAGUUAACAUGUGAGUGUUACCCCUAACUCGAGUCUUGCCCACGUACACAAACCUUAGCUCCAGUGUGGUGGUGCUUUUAACUCGAGUUUGCUGGCCCAUUAAGGUGUAUGACCUAAAGUCAGUGCAACUCAUCAACUGCCAACAUGAACACUUAAGUGUGGAUGCAGGAUAGCCCCACUUGACUGCUUCCAGUCCUCAAUACCUUCCCACAAUACCCUCAGUGUGCCCAGUAAGGACAGACAAGUCCACCCACAAUUCACUUGGAAAGAAUUCAUAGAGUGGUUCAGUUUACCGGAGUGCAAAGAACCAUAGGAUAUGACCCGAGAAGUCUUAGCGCCACACACAAGUGAGUGCAGCACCAAUGUGAAAAUAGUUAUUUCAUAGUGUAGGGUACUCACUUGAGCAAGGCUAAAUCGGUGGAGAUAUCCUGAGAUAACUCUGCAGUGAAGACAGACUAGAGACAAGUUGUAUUCAGCAUCAUGUCCACAUGUCCUAGUUAACCUUAUCCUUCCAGCAGGUUUUAACCCUGACUAGCUGAAAUGAGGUUAACAUGACUUGCCCCUGAUUAUAAUGAUUUGUAAAUAAGCAGAGUGGUCCAGUGGAUUGGACAUUGUCCUAGGUGUCAGGAAAGCUGGGUUCUGUUCCUAUCUCUUCUAUUGAUAGGGCCUGGAUUAUACAGGAAGUCGGUCUAAUGGUCCUUUCUGGCCCCAAAAGCUAUGAGUACAUAGCUGAGUUUAUCAUGUUAGUUAACACAACUCGUCAUGGUCUAGCAUGACCUAAUUUUCUAUUGAAGACAAGGCCUGUGGUGCUACACUGAUUUACACCCUUCUGAGGUUCUGCUCCCAUGGAACUAGUAGUGGAUUAUGGUAUUCCUCAGUGUGAGUAAGGUUGCCAGGAUCUUGCCCGUGAUCGUUAAAAUAAAUGUGCACCCUCCCUAAUAUUUGCUUGUGCUUGUAUCUUCCCUAUUGGAAUUGCUGCUGGGUUGAGUUCACAAACAAAACAACCUUCACGUCGAUCAGAUUUGCCCACUCCCUUCCAAGUUUCCUAUACCCAUCAACUGAGACAUUUGAAGCCAGACUGCAGAAAACCUUAGAAAAUGUGCUGCACUGGCGAGGUCUAGCUGAGCUAAUAGACCUUUUCCAUCUCUAAUUUCUAGGUCUUAGAAAUGGUCCAGCCUAAGCACAACAUUCCUUGCCCCUCCCUUACCAACAUGAUGAUGAUGAAAAAUGGGUGAUGUUUACUCACUCAUAACAAAACACAACACAAAACUGCUUGUCCCAGAUACGUGGGUGAGUAAAAUUUUGCAAGAGCAGACAUGGCUGCAUAUUAGGACUAUGCAGGUAACACUUUGCCCCUGUCUAAACCCACUUUUAGGAAUAAGACCUCUCAGUUUCUCCUGUGCCUAUAUUUUACCGGAGAUAAAGACACCCAGCUGUGUAAGACCACAUGUGAUACACGCAAGAGUCCGAUCCAAUGCCUAUGAAGCCAAUGGGAGUAUUACCAUUGACUUCAGAGGGACAUGGAUCAGGUCCCAUAUGAAAGACAGGAUUAGGCACGAUUAAAAAUCCCACUUUGUAUGUUUCUCUCUGAUCUAAUGGUGGUCCAGCAUCAGAUAUGAGUGAACAAAGUUAUUCAGGUUCAGAGCAACCAAAGAGGUACUGACUGGAAGUUUUUAUUUUUGUUUUUGAAAGUACUAACUUAUAUUAAAAAAAAUGUUCACUUUUGUGACAAUAUAGCACAUUUUUAUUUUUGUAAUAUGUAAUGAACUUGUAUUGCUUAUGAUAAAAUAAGUUUAUUUCUA